UUGAUAAGUCGGUCCCUACCACCGGCACCGGCUCUAUCGUCUAUUGUCAAACAACCUUCGUUGUGAAAGGCUCGUCUCGGCCCCGUAUCACGUCCCGACGGCCAAAGUCGCGAGACUCGCGCGCAAGUGAUAUCGUGCGGGCCGCGCCCGCGCAUCCGACGCACUCCAUCCAUCGGAAUACGAUGCGCGAAAAAAUAAAUCGAAGAACUAGUGAUGUUCGUAAACAACAUAUCGUGCUGAAGUGACCAGGUGUGUGCUGCUUGCAAGUAUUUGUAAUGCUGUAGUGGUUAUAUGUUACGUGUGCCGAGUACAUGUGCAUCGUGUCGCAACCCAGAUACUGCGCUAUUGUGGCCGCGGCUACUGCACCCGCCGCUGGACGAUUGUUGCACACAUGGACCUACUGGGCAUAAUGCCAUGAAGUGGUUAGUGCUGGUGUCGCUGAUAGCGGCGCGCAUGGUGCAGCAGCCGACGCAGCCGGUGCGCACGCGCAGCGGCCUCGUGCGCGGCACCGUCAGCAGGAACGGCAACUUCUUCCAGUACUUCGGCAUCCCGUACGCCACCGUCGAUGACAGCAACCGGUUCCAGGCGCCGCUGCCGCCUCCCACGUGGACGGGGGUCUUCGAGGCUGUCGACGAGAAUACCUGGUGCCCACAGUACUCCGCGGGCAUCAUCAUCGGCAAACCCAACUGCUUGAAGCUGAACGUCUACACUCCCACUCGGAUCACUAAACCUCUGCCCGUCAUGGUGUUCAUCCACGGAGGAUGCUUCUUCAGCGGCACUGGAUCCCCCUUCCUUUAUGGAGGAGACUUCUUAGCCGAAAACGAUGUUGUUUUUGUCGGCAUUAAUUACAGGCUUGCUGUGGAAGGGUUCUUGUGUUUGGGUAUAAAAGAAGCACCAGGAAAUGCAGGACUGAAAGACCAAAUUGCGGCUCUAAAGUGGAUUCAGCAGAACAUAGAGGCAUUCGGUGGGAACCCUAACGACGUGACAAUAUUUGGAGAAAGUGCCGGCGCUGUGUCCACUUCGUUCAUGAUGCUAUCUCCUGGAGCUAGGGGACUAUUUCAUAAAGCUAUAUUACAAAGCGGCUCUUCAUUGGCCCCGUGGGGUCUUCAGCAUGAUCCAAUCGGGGCAGCCAGCGCUCUAGUCAAAAAAUUAGGUUAUGACACCAAAGAUCCAAAAGAAAUCCAUAAAAUAUUAUCUAAUAAGUCAGCCAAAGAAAUACUGGACACUAUUAGUCAGUUCGAAGACAAACACUGCGUCGCUGAGAAACAUUUGUUUGUUCCGUGCAUUGAAAAGCCAAUAGAGGGAGUGGAACCCGUGAUCACGGAGUACCCAGCUGAUAUCUUGAGAUCUGGCAACUACACUAAAGUGCCGAUGAUAAUAGGCUACACAGACAUGGAAGGAAUAUAUUUCGUAGCAGCCGACUAUGGCACUAGUAUCAAGAACAAUUCGAAACCAAUAGAAAUCUUUAACUCGCUGCAGCCAGACAUGGAGUUCCCGAGUGAGGUCGAGAAGAACUGCACGGGCGAGGUGAUAAAGCGCCACUACUUCUCGUCGUACGAGGCGGAGCUGAUCACCAACAUGGUGGAGCUGUACUCGGACGUGCACUUCAAGGUCCCGCUGGUGCUGGAGGCGGAGCUGCACGCGCGCACCUCGCACCAGCCCAUCUACUACUACCUGUUCCGGUACGGCGGGCUGAGGAACAUGCCCAAGAUCAUAUCGGGCUUCCACAACAUGGUGCCGGGCGCGUCGCACGCCGACGAGCUGUUCUACCUGUUCAAGCCGCACGCGUUCCCUCUGCUGCACUCCGUGGAGAAGCACAUGAUCACCAGGAUGGUCACCAUGUGGACCAACUUCGCUAAGUAUACUGACCCCACUCCGCACCGCUCCCCGCUGACGCCGUUCCGCUGGCAGCCGUCGCGGCGCCACAACCCGACGGCGCUGAUCAUCGACUCCAAGCUGUCCACGGCCCCGCUGUGGGAGCCCUCCUCCGUCCGACUGUGGAACGACACGUACAACAAGUACCGCAGGAAGAACUACGGAGUGCAGCAGUACCAGCGGUACAACAGCAUACUGCCUGUAGAUCAGUUCAAGUCAUAACAUCCAAAUAUUUAUUUGUCAAUCACUUUAUUGAGACACUAUUUGUGAAAACUACUGACUAUAAUUCUAUCAUGACAAAUUGUUACGAAGCUUCAUGCGUCAGUGUAUGAUAACACAAUAUCAAUGCAAUACUCGUAAAGUGGAAGUUUGUCCAAAGUGCCUGUCGCACGGACCAUACUGUAUGAACGUAGCUAUGUGUUUUGCUCAAAUACAUAUAAUAGGCGCUGCUGAUCUCGCUCUAAGUCCCUACUUCUAAUCAUUAUUUCAUUAUCAUACCGGUCUAUGCAUUAAGUUAUUAAUUAGUUUAUGUGUAAGGAAAGACAAUUCAUGUUAUAUUUAUUACUGGUGAUUGUAAAUACCGGUGUCUGUACAUAUUAUAAAUAGAAUAUUAAGUUUAUUUAAUUUAUUUACGGGCAAUUUCUAUAACCUGUCUCUCUGUAGAUUUGGUUACUACAGAUACAAUGUUGGCAUAUUUUGUAUGCAGCUUAUGUCAACAUUGUAUUUAUAGUAAGCAAAUGUACAGAUAGAUAAGUUAUGGAAAUUGGCCGUUAGCUGUAUAUUGGGAAGGCAGCCAUUGAAAAAUUAAUACCUGUAUACUCAUAUAUUUAUGUAUGAUUAUUAUUUAAGAAGGAAUCAAGAUACCCUUAAGAGUCAAGUUUAAAUGAAGUAUGUCCAAUAGGUGUUGAUGCACUUUAUUCCAGGAAUUAAAUCGUAUCUAUUUAUUUGGUUUCGUGCAUAAAAAUUACAGCGUAUAUAUAUAAACAGAUUUUGGCCAUAACCUGAUAUAAAAUUAUUUAUUUAUAAGAAAAUGUAUCACAAAGUCGCCUCGCGUCGUGCAAUGUGCAAGGACGAGUGGUUCUACUUAGUAAUAGUAAGAUUUAGUUGUAGUAGUGUGCGGUGAUAACUGUCUAGUCGAGUUUAUGUUGGAUAGUUGACUAGUGACUAGUGGGAGAUAAUGUGUUGUAUACGUGAACGUGAGUCCUCAGUACAUUAUGUUGCGUGGUUAUGUUAAGUAUUGUGAUGUCGGGUGUGAUAUUAACAUAAUAAAAGAGCUAUGUCAUUGUGA